AUGGCGUUUCUUUUCAACCGGAGUAGACAGCGGCAGCCUGCAGAGGUUGCAAGGACAACCAAAGACCUGCUGGUCAAGCUGCGGGAUGUCCCAGGAGAUGCAAAGACUGAAGAAGACCUAGCUAAGCAGCUGGGCCACAUGAAGUUGAUUGUCCAGGGGACACAAGAGGUCGAUACAUUACCAGACCAAGUACAGCAGCUUGUACAUGCAUCACUACAGGAAGACCUCCUCUACGAACUUGCGCGAUCUAUCCCUAAUCUACCGUUUGAAGCCCGCAAGGACACCCAGACCAUAUUUUCGCAUAUCCUCCGGUUCAGACCAGACACAUCGACCACGGCUCCAGCCAUACCUAAUUCUACAGGCGGUGGAGGCGCUGCUCCUGUGUCAUCCACUUCCGGUGACCCGCCCGUCAUUUCGUACAUUGUUCAUAAGCGACCCGAGAUCCUAACACAACUAUGUCGAGGGUAUGAGAACAACAAGAGCGCGAUGCCGUGCGGAUCCAUUCUACGGGAAGCGCUGAAGUACGAGGUGGUGGCUGGUAUUAUCUUGUAUGAUGAGUCUGGAGAGGGUGAAAGGGCCAUACGACUGAACGAGAUACAACCAGGGAAGAAACAAAGCGGUGAGGGACUGUUUUGGAGUUUUCUGGGUUGGAUUAACCAGAGCAGUUUUGAAGUCAGCGCAGAUGCAUUUACAACGUUUAGGGAUAUCUUGACUCGUCACAAGGCACUGGUGGCCGGCUACCUGAGCGCCAAUUUCGACUUGUUCUUCAGCAGAUACAACAACAUUUUGGUGCUAUCUGAUUCGUAUGUAACGAAAAGACAGAGCAUCAAGCUCCUAGGCGAGCUGUUGCUAGAUCGGGCCAACUACAAUGUCAUGACGGCAUAUGUGGACAGCGGUGACCACUUGAAGCUAUGCAUGAAUCUACUUCGAGACGACCGCAAGAUGGUGCAGUACGAGGGCUUCCAUAUCUUCAAAGUAUUCGUAGCCAACCCAAACAAGAGCGUGGCGGUACAGCGAAUUCUGAUCAACAACCGAGAAAGACUGCUGAAAUUCCUGCCCAAGUUCCUGGAGGACCGGACGGACGAUGACCAGUUCACAGAUGAGAAGAGCUUCCUGGUACGGCAGAUAGAAAAUCUUCCAAGUCAGGCACAGGCACAGUGA